CAGCACCGACCGUUCAGCGCGAGCCCUUGAUCUUCCCACGUGCUGCCAUGUCUCGACUUCACUUGAUGAUAUUGAUGCUCGCUCCCUGCGCCUGGCACUGGCCUUCUUCACCUUAGCCUGAGCCCCUCGCAGCCUCACCAGCCUGGGCACUGCCAUGCUGCAUACACGUGCGAACAGCCAGACGGCUGGCGUCUGCAAAUUCCGCUCUUCGCCAGGGCUAUAUAUCCAGACGCCAACGAGGCCCUCAUCUUCUCCAUUACCACUUCCUUUGAACAAUCCCUCAAAAUGGUUCUGGACGCGUAUACCUAUGUCUUCGCCAUCGGCACUUUCUUCGCGCUGAUGGAAGCCUACAACAACGGUGCAAACGAUGUUGCAAACGCCUGGGCCACCAGUGUUUCUUCCCGCUCAGUCACAUACCGCCAGGCCAUGAUCCUGUGUCUGGUCUUCGAAUUGACCGGUGCUCUGGCCGUCGGUGCUCGAACGGCCUCGACAAUCAAGAACGGAAUCAUUCCCAUUUCUGCUUUCGAAGACAAUGCGGGUGUCCAGCUAUUGGCAUUCACUUGCGCAGCCGCUGGUGCAGCCACCUGGGUCAUGUGGUGCACACGACACAACGCUCACGUCUCUUCCACCUACUCGCUCGUUUCCUCCAUCGCGGGUGUCGGCGUCGCCACGGUCGGUGCGAGCGGUGUUCAAUGGGGAUGGAACAAGGGCUCUGGCCUUGGUGCCAUCUUUGCUGGUCUCGCCAUGGCUCCUGCAAUCUCUGCCUGUUUCGCCUCCAUCAUCUUCAUGCUGAUCAAGGUCGUUGUACACAUGCGCAUCGAACCCGUCCCGUGGGCUGUAUGGUCUUCACCCUUCUUCUUCCUGAUCGCCGGUACCGUCUGCGCCCUUUCUAUCGUCUACAAGGGUUCCCCGAAGCUCGGACUCGCCAAGAAGCCAGCCUGGUUCAUUGCCAGUGUUUCCGUCGGAACCGGCGUGGGUCUGGCCCUUCUCGCCGCACUGUUCUUCGUGCCCUACGUCUACUGCAAGGUCAUCAAGAGAGACGCCGAUCUCCAGCUCUGGGAGGUCAUCAAGGGCCCUCUCCUCUUCAAUCGCCAGACUCCAAAUGUGGCAGCGCAAGCCAAGGUUCCAAAUUACGCUGUUCUCCAGCACGACGGUGACGAUGAUGCCGACCAGGAGAUUCAGGCCACCCCUGUGAAGCAAUACUCCUCUUCUGAAACCGACCCAGAGAUGGCUCGUCUCCAGCGCGAGAACCCGAACGCCGCAUACAAGCUCCUUCUCCACCGCGCCCAGCAAAAGCACCACGCAGAUCUCCGUGCAGGCACGGGUCCUCUCGCCUGGGCUAUGCGUGUCGUCCACAACAACCCACUGGGGGCCGGAUCGAUUUACGAGCGGCACAAUGUUAUGGCCCUGCUCCGCCGUCUUCCAGCCUACCCAGUCAUUGCCCUGACCUACGGUAUCUACUACGACAUCCACAAGGCUCAGGUCGGUGUUUCUGGUACUCCAGAAGGCCGCCGCAUGGACCGCGUCUACGCCCACGCCCCAAAAUACCCCAACGAGGUCGAGUACCUCUACUCUUUCGUCCAGAUCAUCACAGCCUGCACGGCUUCUUUUGCCCACGGUGCCAACGACGUUGGUAAUGCUGUCGGUGUCUGGGCCGUCAUGUACUCCGCCUGGUCCACCUCGACUGCCACCGCCGCCAAGACUGAAGUCCCACUCUGGCAAAUCGCCGUCGUCGCUUUGACCAUCUGCUUCGGUUUCAUCACCUACGGCUACAACAUCAUGAAGGUCAUGGGCAACAAAAUCACCUACCACUCCCCAUCCCGCGGUUCCUCCAUGGAAAUGGGCGCCGCCAUCACCAUUCUCGUCUUCUCGCAAUACAAACUCCCCGUCUCGACAUCCAUGUGCAUUACCGGUGCGACGGUCGGCGUCGGUCUCUGCAACGGAACUUUCAAGGCUGUCAAUUGGCAACGAGUGGGACUUUUGUUCUUCUCUUGGGUCAUGACUAUCCCGAUUGCUGGGCUUAUUGGUGGCUGUUUGAUGGGACUUUUACUUAAUACUCCUCAUUUUUAGAUGGGUCUUUGUGGUGAUGUUUUUGAUUGUUGUUGUUGUUGAUGAUAAAGUACAUGUAUGGACACACUGCACAGAUAUCCCUGGGGACUGACUGAUAGAUUGAUGAUUUGCAUAGCGGAUGUCUUUUUACGCUUGUAUAGUGGAUCAAAUUAUAUAAAGUGGAUUGGAAGCC